AUGGGCGAAACCAUUCGAAAGGCGGGACUUCGCGCCGUCAAGCAGUGCCGCGCGAUGACUUGGGCCGACGCCGAGCGUUUUAUUUCGUCGCGCCUCCUUGUUAACGGCUUCCGCGUGUGCCACGUCAGCUGCACGCACUGGUCGUACGAGGAGUCCCGCGUCGAGUCGACGGUGGCGGUGGUCGUGACCCCCACCAUCGAUGCGUUUACUUCACCUGGCUGCAUCCUGCUGGUGUAUGCAGACAGCCGCGUGCGGGAACGUCAUGGCUUGUACGAGUUCGCUAUGACUGAGAGGACGGAGAUGUAUGGCCCCGCUUCCAACGACGUCGGCCUCGUGGUGCACCCACUUGCAGACGGAGAUGCCGUCGUCGCGUAG